UAGUUUUCUCGACGCCACUGAACCCCCAGUGAAUACUCGGGAUUGAGUCAGUUGGUCUGAGUCAGUCAGCCUGGUCAGCCCUGUGGUUGUAAACGGAGAGAGACACACGCGGUGCUCGCGCACACAAUGUGUGUACAAUGAGCAUUUCGGAGCUGCAGUUUACACGCCGACUAUAGGCAGCCUAACCGAAGAAGCCUUUUUUUUCCUCCCUUUCAUAUAAUAUAUAAUCAAAUUUCCUCUCCAUUUUCACUGUGUGGUAAAAAAGAAAAGCACUUUCGCGACGCGACGCUGCUUUUAAUAAUAAAACAGUAAAUUCGCGUCUAUCGUUGUUAUUAUUUUUAUUGUUUUUCUAUUCUCUUUCUUUCUCUCUCACAUGAGUGUGUGUGUGUGUAUUUGUGAUUUAGAAAUUAUUUAAUUGUCAAAUUUCAUUAUUGAUGACAAGAAAAAUUUUCUAAUUAUAAAUUCAAUAUCCGGACUGUCUUGCACUAAAAGGACACAUGAACUGGAAUUUCAGACCGGAAGAGUGUCAUUCUUCAGGCCGUUGUCCCGAGGUCCUUAAACGUGAUAUACAAACCGGUAUCUCACAUCAGAGAGACAAUAACUAACCAAAAAGGAAAAGGUUGAAGAAAGAGGAAAUAAUGUUGGAACAAAGUGUUUAUUUUUCCUUGAACUUCAAUGUUAUAAUCAGUAACGAUAUUUGAUUGGAUUCAAAUCAUUAUUAUUGAGGAGGUAAAAAAAAAGCCUCCGAUUUUCACGUGCUCGACGUUACACCGACGAGUGAUUGACUUGUUGAAUUAUUUAUGAAUGGAUGGAGGUUCGACGGAGAAGUUGGGUGGAAUCGGACAGAAUCUGGAAGAUUCGGUAGGAUGGAGGACCAACUCCAGAAUUGCAAUCUGGAGCUUUGUCCUCUUCGGUUCCCUCAUCUUAAAUGCCACUCUCCUCCUGGCCUUUGUCAAACGUCCCGGACUUCGCACAAUUUCCAACAGAUUUGUAAUGAACCUGACGGCAUCGAAUUUAUUGACAUGCGUCUUACUGUGGGUACUUGUCAUUCUCAACGAUACAACGUCAUCAUACACACAAAGCCUCUGCGUAAUAUCCGAAGGUGGAACAGCCCUAUUGACAACAUCAUCAAUUCUCACAGUUCUCUUCAUUGCCAUAGAUCAAUAUUUCGCCGUUGUCGAUCCACUUCGUUAUCGGAGUCGUGUCGACAAAAUAAAAUGUGGACUCUUAAUUGCAGCAGUUUGGAUAAUUGCCACGAUAUUUGCAUCUCUCGCAGCAUUCAAUCCAAGUCCACGUAGCAUUUGGCAGAGUUGUACUAAAAUUUCAAAUUUUCCCAUUCAAUCGUCAUUCGAUAAUUCCACUGUUUAUCUUAAUUUAACAGACUAUGAUGAUGAUCGAACGGAAUCUCCAGGAAUUUCGACAACCGAUGAUGAUGAUGAUAAUAAUUUUGAAAUUGAUUUUGAUGUAACACUCGAGGAAUUAGAAAAAACAACAGCUGAAAUGAAAAUUAAUUACAUGGAAAGCUCACGUGAUUAUGAUAAAACACUUAUUGAUCAAAUUGAAUUCGAAUCAAAUUUCACUUAUGGUCUUGUUUAUUCAAUAACAUUUGGUAUAUUCAUCUAUCUUAUACCAUUUAUCACUGUUUGUUGGAUUUACAUAAGGAUUUAUUCAGCGGCAAGAAAAAAUUCCGAAAGAACAAGACGCACUGGCUCAAGACCAAUUCUUUCAUCGGGAAGUUUUUGCGAAGAAUAUUGUCCCAUUAAACAUGAGAUUAAUGAGGAAAUACGUAAAUUACCGAAAAUUUCGAGUCUCUCGUCAAUUGAUGAGAAUAGUGAACCUAGUCAAAUAAUGACCCGCAGCAAAAGUUCAGAACUCGUUAAUUUAUCAUCGAAUAUACAAGAUGAAAAUCAUCAACUUGCAGCAGUGAUAUUCACCGUUGGAUCACAGGAUGUUGAUUCUCAUCAGCUUGCUGAAGUCGAUACCAAAGAUAAUAAUACAACAUCAAAAGUUCCUAUUGCCAGUUUAAAGGCCAAAUUCCUAGGACACAGGGAAGAUAAAUCAUUGAAUUCAAUUGAUGAACAAUUAUUGAAGAGUAAAUUUCCCGAACUUACCGAACAGAGGAGAAAAUCAUCCCAUGAUCUCAUGUACGAGGAGAUGAUACUCAAGAGAAAGUUGAGCUGCAUAAGUGAUUCUUGCGAGGAAAGCAGUGACGAGGAAAUGAUCUCUUUUAUGAGCAACAAAGAACUCAAAGUCUUGAAUUCCUUUCAUCAUCAUCAUCAUCAUGAAAAUGAAAUCGAGAAAAUUGAUUCACAAACAAAUUCCAAUAAUAUAUUUUCAAACGAUCAAAUGUCAAAUAAAAUUAUUUCAAAUAAUACCAAUAAUGAGAUUUUAAUUGAAAAUUCGAGAUAUUUGAAUGUGACAUCAAAUGGAAUGAAAUCUGCCGUUAAAUGUAAUUCAAAAAUAUCACUCGCCUCAGCAAAUACUGAAUCAUCGUCAGCAAAUUUAUUAUCAACUCCACAAAAUACACCAAUUGUCACAAUUACACCGCCAUAUAAAGUUCCUCUUUAUCGAAUCUCAAGUAUUCGUAGUACAUCAAGUUACAUUAAUUCAUUGAAAUAUAAAAUUAGUAAUGGUUCAAUAUUUAAAUAUCGAGAAGAGACACGAGCCGCUAGAAUAAGUGCACUUGUGAUAGUUAUGGGAUUAAUUUGUUGGACACCAUAUGUUGUUGUUUUAAUAAUGGGUAAUUUAACAGAUGAAAAUUAUUUAGAUCGACAAAAUUUAAAUGCAUUUGUCCUUAGUUUUCUUGUACUAUCAACAUUUGUUAGUCCAUUAUUGUUUGGCUAUCGUUCGAAACGUGUUAAACGUGAAUUGAGAAAAUUCUUUUGCUUCAAAAAGGAACUCUCGUAUAAAAAUAAUCGAAGUUUAAUGGCCAAAAAGGUACUUAAGAGGCGACACAGCGGAAAUCUUAGUCAGUUUGAAAUGGAGUCCAAGUAUAAUAUAUUGAAUUGCGUUUAUGGAAAGACCAAGUGGCCAAAGGAUAAAGUUCAAUUUGUUCAGGUACCGGAAACUGCUUUGUCAGUUGAGACGUGUAGAAGUAGCUUUUCCAGUGGAGCCAGCACUCAAAUUUCGAGUACUUCGACUGAUGAAUGUUGAUUCUGCUCUUAAUUCUUCCUUCUCUCUCUCUCUCUUUCUCUUUCUUUUGAUAUUUGGAAUUUUUUCAAAGAAAUUUAUUUUGUAAAUUCGACGUCGAUUUUUUUUGUUUUUUUAUUUCAGUCAAAUUUUAUUUAUCAAAAUCUGAAUUUAAUCGAAUUUUCUAUGCCGAUUCUUCAGUUUACUGAAUUUUUAUUUAUCAAAAUAAAAAAAAUUGCAAAAUAGAAAUCUUAAAAACAUCUUAAAGAAAUUAAAUUGAAAAAAAAAUUGAAUAUUAAAAAUUAGAUAAAUUGAAAUUUUGUUUUUAAAAAAUUCUACUAAAUUUGAAUUCUGUUGAAUGGAAAUUCUAUUAAAUAAAAAUUUACUAAACUAGAUAAUUUGUUACAACAAAUUUUAGUUAAAUAAAAAUUCUUUUUAAAUGAAAAUUUGGUUGAAUAGAAAUUCUACUUUAUAAAAUUCGAUUUGAUAUAAAAAUUCAACUUAAUGAAUAUUCGAAACACGGAAAAUAUAAACUAUAAUGUUUAUUAAGGGCAUAUUUUUACGUUCCAAUUCGACUAUAAAUUAAAUUUUUUUUUAAAUUUUUAAUUUAAAAUAAAACGAAAUCAAUUAAAUUAAGUUUUUAUUCAAUUUCAAUGAUUUGAAUAAAUUUUUGAAUUAAUUCACAUUAUAUGAAAAAAAGAAAAAAUCUUUUAAUUUUAAAAUAAUUAAAAUGUCAUUAAAAAUUAUUAAAAUUUAUUCAAUUGAAAUUAAAUUUUUGAAUGAAUUUACAUUUGUUUGGGACUAAUUCAAAUUUAGAGAGGAGGGAGAGAGAAAGAGAGAGAAAAGAAAAAUUACAUUCUAGCAAUUAAAUUCGAGGCAAAAAGGAAUUGAAAUUUAAUGAUUUUCUAAUGAACCCGAAUGUUUUCUCGAAUUUUCGAACUAUAAAAGACUGCCAGAAUCUCGUUAUAAUGAGUUUCUUCAAAUUAUAUCGUUUUAAAAUUGACUAUUAUCAUAAUUAAUUUUUUUCAAGAAAAUUUUUUUUUAUUGUCAACUAAAAUUAAUGAAAGUUUGAAAAUAUUUUACUAUUAUGAUUUAUUGAUAAUUUAUUUUGAAAUAAUUUUAUUAAAUUUUAAUAAAAAUUAAUUGAAUUAAUAAUUAUCUUAAUGGGAUUGUCUAAAAAAAAAAAAUUUAGUUUCAAUAUUUUUUUAAAUUAAAUUUUGAAGUUAAAAUAUCAAUUUGAAACGAUAUAAUAUGGAUUAACUCAUGUUAUUUUACUUUUCCAUGACAUUUUUGUACAGUACUGUUUAACUUUAGGAACUAUUAGAAUAAGUACCGAACUUUAUUAACUAUAAACUUAGAAAUUGAAAAUAUUUAUAUAUAAUUGUGACAAGUAAGAAACUGAUGUUUCUAUAAUAUAUAUCUAUUUUUUUUCCCCUUUGGCCAUUAUUCAAGAAAUAUUCCGAAAAAAAAUCGAUUUCAACAUUAUUUUCAAUUUAAUUUAUAAAAAACUUAUUAAUUUAGUUAUUUAAAUUAAAUUAUAUAUAUAUAUAUAUCAUUUAGCGAAUUACUUCGAAUGUUAAAAAUAAAUAAUAUAUAUUUAUUUAAAAAUUGAACAAAUGAAAAUUAAAAAAUUAAGAAUAAUUCAUUGAUUGUUUAUUGAAAAUGGCGCAAUAUUAGUUUUUUUCUUUUGAUGAAAAUUAAAAAAUAAAAAAAAUAAAAAAAAUCCCAUAAAAACUUAACUUGUAAAUGUAUAUUAUUAAUGACAAAAAUGACAACAAAGAGAACUAUUCAUAUAAAUUAUUAUAAAAAAAUAUUACAUAAAUAGAGAGUUGGUGCCUAGGAAGAGUGCAUGAAUACUUGAUUUUUUUUUUGUUUUUUUUUUUGUGAAGAAUAAUAGUUAUUAGGAGUGAUAUAAUAAUAAUAAAAUAAUAAUUAUGGGAAUUAAAGCCCCAUAAAGCCGAGGGUAUUAUGAGAGUGAAUGAGAGCUUUAUCUGUUAAGCGCUACUUCCAAAAGACUUUAUAACAAGCUAACUUCAUUAGAUAUAUAUUAUAUAUAUAUAAAUUUAAAAAAAAAACAUUUUUCUACCUUUGGCUGUUCCAGACAUUUUCUUCGUAUUAUAUUAUUAGAUUAAUUUAAGGAAUCAUUAUCACUGUAAUUAUUUCGUCAAAAGCUGUAUAUUUUGCAUUUUCAUCAACUUCUUCUCAAGAGCAAUGUUUCCUGAAACGAGCAUUUACCGUUAUAUGUAUACGUAUUUUAUCAUUAACCUCUUCAAGAAAAAAAAAAAAAAACUAAAACAAAAAAAUUAGUGUAUGGUAAAAAGAAUGAUAAAAAAAAAAAAUAUAUAUAUGUAAUUUUUGCGAGAUAAAAAUAGUAAACAAUAUAAUAUAUUAAAUGGAAAUGUAAUAUUUUUAUGAAUAGAUAAUAUAUAGAUAUUAUCAAAAAUUAUAAUAUUAUUAAAAUAUUAAAUUUUUUUAAAAAAUAGAAAUUUUCUUGAAGAGGUUCGAAAUUCCUUUAAAUACGAAGCCAUUUAUAAAAAUACAAUUGAUUCGCACAAUGCAGAGUAUUUUUUUUUCUUUGUAAAUAGAUUUAUAUUUAACACAGCAAGCAUAGCCACGAUAUUUUUUUUUUCUGAUACUAUUUUGUACAUUACAAAGAUUGACGUUUAUUUAUAUUAAAUAAUAUGUUAAAAAGAAAUAUAUAUAUAUAUACCAUCACUAAACGCAAAUCGCAAUUAUUA